AUGACCAAUCCAGACAAAGUGGAGGUGUCGGCACCCGAAAAGCUCAGCGGGUUCGAGUGGUGGAGAAGAUCGUUGCAGUACCGCACUGGUCUUGGGCUAGACGAGGCCGAAAAGCGCCAGUUCGAAGUCGACUUCCAGGCCAAACAAGCUCCUGCUCGGUGUGUGCUGUGUGACGAGUGGCGGGACUGGAUGCUCCAGUACUCGCCGUCAGUGAACUUCAUGAUGGACCACAUCCGCAAGCUCAGCAACGACCCUUCAGCCAUCAGCAAGAGCAACAUCAUCUGCGACGUGUGCGACGACAUGAAAGGAGGGGGCUUCCAUCCCGAAGUGGGGAUUUUGCUCUGCUCCAACUGGAUCCGCAGCAAGUGGCAGUUGGAGGACAUCUUGACCCACGAGUUGGUGCACGCGUACGACUACCUCAAGUUCGACGUCAACCUCAAGGACUUGAAGCACCACGCGUGUACCGAGAUCAGAGCGUCCAUGUUGAGUGGCGAGUGCCGGAUGUUCAAUGAAAUUCAAAAAACUGGUUUGGGCAAUUUCGGAAGCAAGUUCCAGCUGUGUAUCCGUCGGAGAGCGGUGUUGUCAGUGAGUGCCAACCCCAAUUGCAAGGACAAGGAAGAAGCGGAAAAGGUGGUGAACUCGGUAUGGAACUCGUGCUUCAACGAUACUCGUCCAUUUGAGAGAAUCUACCGUUAG